GCUGGCAGGGAGCCCACGGCACCGGCGCUGCCCGUGGGCAAAGUCCCCGGGGGGAGCCGAGGCUCCCGGGGGGGGCCAAGCCCCCGCAUCCCCGCGCCGUGCCCGAGCAUCUCCCACCGCCGCCGGUCGCCGCGCGCCUCCCGGGGCCGCCCUCGGGUGCCAGCGGAGCGAUGGCGCCCUACCGCAUCCGGCAGUACCGGGACCAGGACUACGACGCCGUGCGCUCCCUCUUUGCCCACGGCAUCAUUGAGCACGCCCCGGCCGUGUACCGGCACGUGCUGCGCUCGGCGCGGAUGCAGCUGGCGCUGCUCGCCCUCUUCACCGUGGUGCGGGCGGCCGCCGGCUGCUGGCUGCUGGCGCUGGGGGCCGCGGCGCUGGCACUGGCGGCCGCCUGGCCCCUGCUCCGCUCCUUCAGCACGUCCUACGUGCACCAGGCGCUGCACACCGACCUCCUCGACAUCCGCGCCACCUACAUGCGGGCGCCCGACUCCUGCUUCUGGGUGGCGGAGGCCGGGGGGGCCGUGGUGGGCAUGGUGGCCGUGGCGCCGCCGCAGGACCCGUCCCACAGAGGGGUGGCCCUGGAGCUGAAGCGCAUGUCGGUCAGCAAGGACUACCGGGGCCGGGGCAUCUCCAAAGCGCUCUGCGGGGAGGUGCUGCGCUUCGCCCAGGCGCGGGGCUACGGGGCGGUCGUGCUCUCCACCUCCGUGGUGCAGGUGGUGGCCCAGCGGCUCUACGAGGGCCAGGGCUUCAGGAAGGUGGGCGCCUCCAGCCCCUCGCUGCUCGCCAGCCUCCUCUGCUUCCAGAUCUUCCAGUACCGCUGCGACCUGCCCGGCCGCCCUCCGUCCCCGACCCCGCCGCGCUAGGCACCGCCGCGGCACCGGCACCGGGGGGUGUCGGCAGGCCGAGCGCCCGGGGGGCUUUUCUGAGAAAAGAGCACUGAGAAAUAAAGAGAGACC